GGCGUGUUCAGCGCGAGUCAGCGCUCAAUUCUCGGAUUCGUUAACUCUACAGAAUGACACGACACCGCAAGAAUACACCCAAACAACAAGCCAGAACAGAGCUUGUAGGAGAAGCCCACAAGACAGAUGGCUCUCCGAGUUCGCGUGUUCCUACCACACAAUAUCAGCAUUUCAUUCCAAGGUUCAUAUUACGAAGAUUCCAAGUCGGACCUGUCAAGUGUGUUUUCAUAGUCCUCUUGAGCACUCUGCAUGUAGACACUAGAUCAGAACACUGAAUGAUAUCCUUUGCAGGUCCAAAACGGAACGACAAAAAGAAUUUCGACACACCGGUGUUGAUCCAGAAUACGUCCACUACUAUGAUAUUGCUACGGGUAGC